CCCAUAGCUAUAUAAACGGAGGUACAAUCUGGGAAAUGUUGCUUGUAACUAAAGUUGUGCUCUAGUAAAGUGUUGAGAUCAAUCAGUGAAACUUUAAAUUGAAAUUAUGGUGCAGUUUAAACUAACGAUUGUUGCAUUGAUAAUUGGUGUGCUUCAGGUUUGCACAGCCAAUCCCAUUUCUACUGAAGAAGAAAGCGACGUGGCGAAGCUAUUUUCAGCCGAUGAAUUACAGAGUGCAAAAGAUGCUGGAUUCCCACUUGAACGAUUAGUUGAAGGAAAAACCAUCUAUGGUCUCACAUUCGAUGAAAUGAUUAAAUUACAUCAAUUGCGAAACAGUAACGCACCGAAGAAGACGGUCGCCCCUGAAGAUAUGUAUGCUUUUUGUGAAAUGUUGGUUCCUGAACAAAAGCUGCCAGCAAGCUAUACAAGCGCUCAGGAAGCACACUUCCCGGAGCUAGUUGCAGGAGCAAAUAAUUUGGUGGACAAACAUGAUCAUAUUAGAUAUAUUCUAGCGGCAGUUUGCAGUUAUAUAGGUGAACCGGAUGUGUUUGAUACGGAGGCUAAUUCGUUCGGCUUACCAUUGGUUCCUUACAUGGAAAUGCGUUACAUGACAAUGAAAGCUGAAAAAGCCAAAGACACUGAUCGGGUUAAAGCUGUUAAACAAAUGUGCUGCCUAAAUAAACGCCGAGAUGAGAUAGUCAUGUUGGGUCAAUCAACAUUCACUGCAUUACCCGAUGAAGAAAUGAACGCAUUUGAAGAACAUUGGAGUCAAUACAAAAUUGCAAAUUCAUUGAAGUCAUUUGAAAACAUCUGCGAAUUCUUAGAUACCAAAGAUCAGACUAACGACGAAUGUGUAGUAGCCAUACCAGUACCAAGUGCUGCAGAUAAGGAAUAAGUUGAUAUGUACUUUUAGUACGAGGUCAUAAUUACCAAUAAAUAAAUGGAGACAGUUGUCGCUAUAAAAAAA